CUUGGCACGAUGGCUCAGAAACCGCUGCGCCUGUUGGCUUGUGGUGAUGUUGAUGGAAAAUUUGAGGUUUUAUUCAAUAGAGUUCGAGCAAUCCAAAAGAAAAGUGGAGACUUUGAUCUGCUGUUGUGUGUAGGAAAUUUCUUUGGUUCCACCUCCGAGGCUGAAUGGGAAGAGUAUAAAACUGGCAUCAAGAAAGCCCCGAUUCAGACAUAUGUGCUGGGUGCCAAUAACCAGGAAACAGUAAAAUAUUUCAAGGAUGCCAAUGGAUGUGAAUUAGCUGAGAACAUUACUUACCUGGGACGUAAGGGUGUCUUCACUGGGAGCUCAGGAUUGCAGAUUGUAUACCUCAGUGGAAUGGAGGCCCUGAGUGAGCCUGCCCCAGCCUAUGGUUUCACUCCCAAGGAUGCCUCUACUCUGAAAGAUACAGUGUGUUCAGCACCUGGGUUUAAGGGUGUUGAUAUCUUGCUCACAUCCCCAUGGCCCAAGUACGUGGGAAACUUUGGGAAUUCUUCUGGAGAAGUGGAUACCAAAAAAUGUGGCUCUGCCUUGGUCUCCAGCCUUGCUACAAGCUUGAAACCAAGGUAUCAUUUUGCUGCUUUGGAAAAGAUGUAUUAUGAGAGGCUUCCAUACAGAAACCACAUCGUUCUGCAGGAAAGUGCACAACAUACUACCAGGUUUAUAGCUCUGGCAAAUGUUGGAAAUCCAGAAAAGAGAAAGUAUCUUUAUGCAUUCAGUAUUGUUCCGAUGAGACUAAUGGAUGCAGCAGAACUGGUCAAACAACCUCCAGAUGUCACUGAAAACCCUUACAGGAAAUCUGGGAAGGAAGCAGCUGUCGCAAAACAAAUUCCUGCCCCAGAGGAAGAACCAGCCUGUCAAUUUUUCUUUGAUUUAAAUGAAAAGCAGGGAAGAAAACGUUCCUCUACGGGCAGGGACAACAAGUCUCCUCACUCAAAGCAGCCUCGCAAACCUCCUCAGCCUCCAGGUCCCUGUUGGUUUUGUCUGGCCAGCCCUGAAGUGGAAAAGCAUUUGGUGGUCAAUGUUGGCACACAUUGCUACCUUGCCCUGGCCAAAGGAGGCUUGUCUGUUGACCACGUCCUCAUCCUGCCCAUUGGACACUACCAGUCAGUGGUGGAGCUUUCAGCAGAGGUGGUAGAGGAGGUGGAGAAGUACAAGACUACAUUGCGGCGCUUCUUUAAGAGCCGAGGGAAGCGCUGUGUUCUCUUUGAGAGGAACUAUAAGAGCCAUCAUCUCCAGCUUCAGGUCAUCCCUGUGCCACUCAGUUGCUGCACUACUGAUGACAUUAAAGAUGCCUUCAUUACCCAGGCACAGGAGCAACAGAUGGAGCUGUUGGAAAUCCCAGAGCACUCUGACAUUAAGCAGAUUGCACAACCAGGAGCUGCAUAUUUUUAUGUUGAGCUUGACACAGGAGAAAAACUUUUCCACAGAAUUAAAAAGAGUUUUCCUUUGCAGUUUGGAAGGGAGGUCUUGGCCAGUGAAGCCAUCCUUAAUAUUCCUGACAAGUCUGAUUGGAGGCAGUGUCAGAUCAGCAAGGAAGAGGAGGAGACCCUAGCUCGCCGAUUCCGGAAAGAUUUUGAACCGUUUGACUUCACUCUGGAUGACUGACCUGAGAGACAGGCCCCCAUCAAGGGCACAGGCAAUCCCAACAGUCUAUUCUUUUAGAAACUGUAACUGCUCUGAGAUCUGUUCCCCUGUCUCUGUUGGGAACAUUCCUAUGGAAUGUGCCCAUAGCAAGAGGCCUAAAAGUGAAUAGUUUCUGGGAAAAGUCACAUUCUAGGAUGAACAUUCUGUUAAAAGCAUGUCUCUCAUGUCUCCUUCCAAGCAUAGCUUGUCCUAAUCUGCAAUUUAAGAAACAUUUAAACCAUGAAAUAAAAUCCAUUGCUUUU